AUGGUCUACACAAUCGUCGUCCACCUCCGCGCCAAACCCGACCAAGAAUCCAUCGCCAAGCUGCACGCCAAACUCCUCGAAGCAUCGGCCGUCUACUCGCAGGACAAAGAGACGCUGUCGUGGUUCGUCAUGCAGUCCGUCCACGACAAGCAGGACUUUACCAUCGUCGAGCGCUACCUGCACGAGUCGUCGCAGGAGUAUCAUCUGAAUAAUCCGUACUGGAAGACGUUCGAUCCGUAUGUGAUUCCGUUGUUGGAGAAGGAGAUGGAUUUGAGGAGGUUUGAGGAGUUGGUUUGA